AUGCAACAUGACCAGCUGCUAAAAUGCCUCAAGGUCCGACUUCAGAUGCAACCUAAUGAUGCUUCGAAGAAAGGCAUGGUCCAGAUGUUCUCGCAUAUCUUGAGGACAGACGGGGUUCCUGGGCUGUAUCGGGGUCUUACGGCCGCUCUCCUUCGCCAAAUCACCUACAGCACGACUCGAUUCGGCGUCUACGAAGAGCUGAAGCAACGAUUCAGCGGCGAUACUCAGCCCUCCUUCGCCGUCCUCGUGGCCAUGGCUUCGACCUCUGGUUUCCUUGGAGGGGUGGCAGGCAACCCAGCCGACAUCAUGAACGUACGCAUGCAGAACGAUGCUGCACUUCCGAAAGAGCAACGAAGAAAUUACAAACACGCGAUCGAUGGUCUGAUCAGGAUGAGUCGCGACGAAGGCUUAUCCUCACUCUUCCGUGGAGUCUGGCCCAAUAGCAUGCGCGCGGUGCUCAUGACAGCUUCCCAGCUUGCAAGUUAUGAUGUGUUCAAGAGGCAGAUCCUGGAGCACACCAGCAUGGGCGACAAUCUGGCUACCCACUUCUCGGCCUCACUCAUGGCCGGGUUUGUUGCCACGACGGUUUGCAGUCCGGUCGAUGUGAUCAAGACGAGAGUCAUGGGAGCGCACACUCAGGAAGGCAUCGUAUCGUUGGUGACCCGGAUUACUGCUAGCGAAGGUCUGAUAUGGAUGUUCAAGGGCUGGGUGCCGAGCUUUAUCAGACUUGGUCCUCACACAAUCGCGACGUUCCUGUUCUUGGAGCAGCACAAGAAGAUCUACAGGAAGGUGAAAGGGCACGAGUAG